AUGCAGACGACAAGCCCAUCGUCGUGGUUCUGCCGGAGCAUUGCCAUCACUCUCUUCACCCUCCUCACCCUCCUCCUCUCAACACCCCUUUCCAACUCUCACACCCCAGCCCUAGCUCAAGCAGUGCCGCCCGAUUUCUCACCCACUCCCAGGAAUCGUAUCUUCUUCUGGAAAGUCACCUACUCCACCUUGGCCCCCGACGGCGUCACCCGCCCCGUCAUCCUCGUCAACGAGAAAUACCCCGGUCCGAAAAUUGAGGUUAACCGAGGCGACUAUGUCACAGUUAUUGUAGAGAAUGCUUUAGACGUCCCUACGUCUUUUCAUUGGCAUGGUAUGACUAUGCGGGGGGAUCCUUGGUAUGAUGGCGUUCCGGGGAUGAACCAGUGUCCUAUCCCGGCCGGGACGAAUUUCACCUAUGCCUUUGGCACCGACGAUGUCGUUGGAACACAUUGGUGGCACGCCCACUUUGAGAACCAAUACAUCGACGGUUUAGUAGGCGCAAUCAUCAUUCGGGAUCCACCAGCGACGAACCCCUUCCUUCGUGCAUACGACGAGGAACGCAAUGUCAUCCUGACAGACUGGUACCAUCAGGCAACAGGACCUCUUCUCCAGACCUACUUGUCGCCGGCCAGCAAAGGCCAUGAACCAGUACCCAACAGCGGUCUUAUCAAUGGCAAAGGAACCUUUGACUGCAAAAAUGUCAUCCCGGCCGACUUACCCUGUAAUCAGACCACCGACCGAGCUGUCUUUCAUGUCAUUCCCAACCGGCGGUAUCGUCUCCGGAUCAUCAAUACUGCUGCGGCGGCAUCGUUUCUGUUUUCGAUUGAUGGACAUCAACUACUGGUCAUUGAGGCGGACGGCACGGAUUUGAACCCGUUCAUGGUUGACAGCUUACCGAUCAACACAGGACAGCGCUACUCGGUCAUUGUGGUCACCAACCAGGACAUUGCCAAUUACUGGAUGCGUGCCGAGAUAGGCAUGCAUUGUUUGCCUCCUGGACAACAUAAUCUGGACCCGAUUGUGUUGGGAGAGUUCCGGUAUGCGGGCGCUGGCGUAGCAACACCCACCUCUGUCGGACGAUGGGUACCGAAACCACCUGUCAAGGGUCAAGAUCCUGAGGAGAACCCUGCGUUUUUGGCUGCCUGCCAGGAUCUGGACCUGUUUGCGCUUCAUCCCUUGAAAGCAGUACCCAUUCUGGAACCCAUAACCAACAACUACCACGUCAAGAUGACGUUCAAAAAGAACCCUGAGGACGAUAUCGUUCGUGGCUACCUGAACGAUAUUACCUUUGACGGUGAUGCAUGGAACCCGACAAUUGUGCAGAACCUGAACGAGGCUGCUACGUACACUGUUGGGGAACAUGUGAUGCGACUCGACCGACGAGAUGCGGUCGUUCAGAUUAUCCUCGACAACUCUGAAGGAGGCGAGCACCCGUUCCACUUGCACGGACAUACUUUCCAGGUCAUUGCUCAAGGAGUAGGUUUCUAUGAGGAGGGCAAGACACCCAUCAACUCAAUCAACCCACUCCGACGCGAUACGGCGACGGUCCCCGAGAAUGGGUUCACAGUGAUCCGGUUCAAGGUCGAUAACCCGGGAGUCUGGUCGCUGCAUUGUCAUAUCGAGUGGCAUGUCUCUACAGGGUUGGUGAUGCAGUUCUUGGAGUUGCCGGACGAGUUGAGAGCGAUGGGGAUCCCAAAACAUGUUGGCAAGCUCUGUGAGACCCCCGCUCCACGGGGGUUCAAGGCACAUACUGGGUUCAUGCCUGCCGCUGCCGCCGCUGCAAAGCCUGCCGUUGCUGCGUUUGUUAACGGCACUACUACUACUACUUUCAACCAUUAG